AUGAGCUUCGCGUAUGGAGUCCAAUACCCAGGAUACGCCCAAGCGUAUCCUGGCAUCAGCUACGCGCCCGUGGCAUACCAGCCACAGCAGGUGCAGGCACAGGCGGCUCAGCCUGCACAGCCUGCACAGCCGGCACAAGCCUACCAGGGCUUCAGUUAUGCACCUGCAGCUACACAAGUGGCGCCAGCCGCUGCACCGGCGGCUGCCCCCGCGGCUGCGCCCGCGGCUGCACCAGCAGAGAGUUCGGGAGCCUGGCGGCUCGUAGUGUCAGGCUGUAGACAUGAGACGGUGGCCCAGAUUGUCCGUGGUCAUUUCAACCGAGAGGGAGAGAAUCAUGGCCACCCAGUGUUCAAGAAGGAAUCCCAGUGGAACGGCUUGGACGUGAUGAUUUAUUUCUGGGACGAGCGUGAUGGCCCGAGCUUCUCUGGCUGGUGGUUUGGGCCAAAGGUGGGUGGCGACCAGGUUUGGGCAUACCAACCAGAUAAAGAACCUGAUCCCCCUGCAAGCGGCUGGCGGGUUCCCUACGACGGCCCUGUGGACAACACUUUCAUCUUAUACCCAGCUCCUGCCCCUGGUCCUGGCGCUGGUGCUGGUCCUGCUCCUGCUCCUGCUCCUGCGGCCUAUCCGACUCCCGCGCCAGUUGUGCCCAAUGUGGUCCCCACCGUGAUCCCACCGCCCAGUUGGGCAAACAGCGCAGGCCCAAGCCCCUCAGCCCCUUCACCCUGGGACGCACAAGCACAGCAGGCACAGCAGCAAGCACAGCAGGCUCUGCAGGCGCAGCAGGCACUGCUCGCACAGCAGGCGCAGCAGCAGCAGCGCGAGCGGGAACAACGAGAGCAGCGCGAGCGAGAGAUGCGCGAGCGGGAGCAGAGGGAGCGAGAAAGGCGAGAGAGGGAGCGGCAACAGAUGGAGGAGAGGAGAAAGGUAGAAGCUCGGAAAGCUGAGGAGCUCAAACGGAGGGAGGCGGAGGUAGCAAAGAAGAGGGAGCUGGAGAAAGCUGCACAGGAGAAAGCUCAGCAAGAGCUUGAGAAGAGGCGGCUGGAGCAGCGCUCAGUGUUGGCUAUUCGCCGACAGAUUCAGAAAGUGCGCCUGGCGACGCCAGAGACCUUGGAUGACUUGGAGAAGGAGCUCCGAGACAUGCUGCAGGCGGCAGCCAGUGACGGGAGCCUCGGCUCCCAAGCCGAGACGGUGGCCGAGGAGGCGGCCUGCGGCUUGGACUCGGCAAAGAAGCGCUGCGAGAGCCUCAAGGAGCUGAAGCGAAAGCAGAACGAGGACGAGGCGAAGGCCAAGGCCUUCUUGUCAGAGCUCAUGCGCCGCCUGGACAAUGCGGAGGGAGCUGUGAAGGACUUGCACAGCAUCCUCGCAGAGCACUUGGAUACCAAAAAGGAGGGCGCGGAGGCAGCGGAUGACAAAAAGGAGGACAAGAAGGAUGACACAAAGGAUGACAAGAAGGAUGAUAAAAAGGAGGCAUCAGAACCGUUUUCGCCCUUCCCAGCUGCGGUGCUGGCAGAAUUGCAGGUGGAGAGUUUGGGGAAAGCGAUGGAGCUUUCACAAAGCGCGAAGACUGCCGCUCGGAAGGUUGAGGAGGCGGCCUUAGAGUGUGGGACCUUUGCGUCAGCAAACUCCAAGCUGAAAGAGGAACUCAAGGACUCAGAAGCCGCGGAACCCUUGCGACAAGUACCCGUAAUUCUCCGACGCCUUCAAGCUGCCCAGAAGACUUCUGAAGCUUACGUCCAGGCCACGCUCACCUGUGAAAAAGACAUGCGGCGCCGUGAGGCCUCGAAAAGGGAAUCUUCCCGGCGGUCGGCGCUCUUCCGCGACUUCGACAAGGACGCUGAUGGGAGGCUCUCGCAGACAGAGGCCACAGCCUUGGCGAAGAAGCUGCUGGCCGAGGCACAGAAAGUCAAGGAGACGAAGGUGAACGAGGAGGCCCUUCAACGAUUCCUCCGGGGUGCUGUGGAAGAGGAUGGCAAAGUGGAGAGCUUUGCCUUGCUUGCAAGCUGCGUGGGUGCCUUCCGUGAGAUGGAGCGUGACGGCCGGCGACGCCUGACUAGGGAGGCACGGCAGAAGCUGCUGGCAAGCUUGCAGAGCAAGUGGCGCCGUCGGGUUCAGGAUCUUGAGGGCUCCACCGGUUCGGAUCUUGAGGCAACAUUGAAAGAGGUGGAGUCUGCCGUGGCGCCGCUGCUCACAGAGACUUCAAGCCCUCCCGAACAGAUGCAGACACGGGCCGAGGAGUGCGAGGCGAUGAUUCAGAAAGCACAGCAAAAAGCAGAAGACUUCCAGAAGAAAGUGCAGCAACUCCCUGUGGCUUUUCUGAAGGAGGUAAACUCGAAGCAAGUUCAGACUUCGGAGCUUGAUGAGAUCAUGGCCCAGCACCAGAAGCGCUUGGCACUGCGCGCUGGCCGAACGGGGCAGCGCCUGGAAAGAGCCAAACGCCUCACCGAGCUCUUCCGCGCAAAAGCCAAUCGGAAAGAGAAUGACAGUAUCGAAAAGGCCUUGGGGCAGCUACAAGAAGCCCUCAGAGCUUACGCCAAGAGCCAAGACUGGUCUCCUGAGCAGCUCUUCCGCUCAGGCUCUGAGGAUUCGGAGACAGACAUGACGGAGUCAGCCUUUUUGGACCUUUGCGCAAAAGCCACGAGCCCAUGUAGCCAAGAGCUGGCCUCCAAGGUCUUCCAACGCGCGCUGCCCGAAGACGUCGAGGACUUGCCACUCUCGGCCUUCCAGCGCUUGCUGAAAGUCUUCUACAAGGUCACCCAGGAAACACCGAUGACCGAGGAAGCCGAAGUGACUGGUGAGAAUGCAAAAGUCCAAUUGAAAGUGGGCCAGUUCUUGGAAGCAUUGUCGGAUCCCAAAGAGGUCAGCGAGGUGCAACGCCUUCGCUGCAAGGCACGGGAUGGCUCAGAGGGUUGGGCGACGCUGUCGCAUCUGCGUCCUGUGGUUCUACCGGCCUAUGCCAUCGGGCGCCGCUGCGUCCUCCUGGAAAAGAAGGAUGUAAAGAGCGAAACCAAGGAGGUCCUGCUCCAGGGAGAUGUCGUGGAGCUCUUGGAGGAGUCACAGGCCGAUGUAGAGGCAGACGAGGCAGAGGAGGCAGACGAGGCCAAGGAGCCCAAGGAGGCCAAGGAGGCCAAGGAGCUUUUCGGCUUCGUUCAGACCCGUUCUGGCAAGUACGGCUGGAUCUUCAACUGUGACCAGGUCCUCCAGCCCCUCUGA